AUGGGUUUUAUUGUUCGUGGAAAAUUGGAGAGCAUCGGAAAAGAUGGAAUUCCGGUUUUGUUAUCCGAAGGGGAUGCUUUUGGUGAGGAGCUUCUAAUAUGGUAUCUUGAACGGUCUUCUGAAAGCAAAGAAGGUAAAGAAGUAAAGAUUCAAGGACAUGGCUUAACUAGUGACAGAACAGUAAAAUGCUUAACCGAUGUGGAGGCAUUUUUACUCGACGCUAAAGCUAUUGAAGAAGUCACAACUCAUUUUGCAAGACUCUUACAAAAUCCUCACGUUCAACAAGUCAUAAGGUAUCAAUCACCUUAUUGGAGAUCACUUGCAGCAAAGGUAAUUCAGGAUGCAUGGAGAAACAUGAAGAAGUGUCUAAUUCAAGCUAAUGCCACACAAAAUGAUUAUCAAACAUUGAGGUAUGAAUCGCCUUAUGGGAAAUCACAUAGACCAAACAGAAUUCAGGUUGCAUGGAGAAGUAGGAAGAAGCGUCUAAGACGAGCUAAUACCACAAAAUGAUCAUCAAACAUUGAACUCGUAGACUGUACUCUAGUCCUAUGAAUAAAGUACUAGAAAUUUCUGAUUUUUCUACGGAUUUUUCCAAGGAAAUAGGUGUUUAGGUAAUACCUUCAUGAGAUAUUGUUUCCAAACUUUGAAAUCCUCAAGUAAUUUAUAUAUAUAUUGCAUAAUGAAGAAAUAAAGGAAACUAAAAGUUAGUUGUAUAGAUAGCUUGCUUCACAAGUUAUCUAGGUAGUUUGUUUGAACUAACUGUAUUAGGAUUUAGAUUGCAUACAAUUGAUGUACCAUAGUUAUUCUAUUCAUCUACGAUCUCUAUAUAAGUUGUAAUGCUUCUUUGAUUCAAUUAAUGAGAAUUUGCUUCAUUCA